GGGAAAUCAAGUGACCUACAUGCCCAUUCCUACCAAGGAGGAAACUAUUGUACCGUCGACACUGCCCGGGACUGGCUCUUGUUAUCGGAGCAGCAGCAGGAGCGCAUCAUUACGCGCGGAUCUUUCUGAGCCCAGAGCCGUCCCUGGGUCCGUGCGUCUGAUAUAAGCCGCAUGUUACCUCCUGCUCUUAUUUCAGUUGGAGAUUUUCCGGGUCGAAAUUCUUCAACGUGGUAACGAAGUUGAGGACAAGUUUACCUGGCCUUUGUUUGAGUGGAAACCUGCACCCGCACUGUUCGUGCGUCUCUUUUUAGGCAUUGGAGGUACCACUUUGUUUGGUGAACAUUUCCACCCUCUGCGCUUUUACUUAGACUUUAACUACGCAAGACAACUUUUGGAGGAAAAAACAACAAGCCAAAGAUGAAUGCAACGGACAUUUUUUGCAAUAAUAAUGAAACGUGCAAGUCUACGAACAAUUCCAGUACGGAUGCCACCAAUCCCCCCGACAGCUAUAUCGACAUCACUACUUUUAUGCACAUAUUUCCAUCCAUUUAUGGGAUCCUCUGUACAGUUGGCGUCAUAGCAAACGGACUGGUUAUCUUUGCCGUGGCUACAUGUAAAAAGAAAAUGGUGUCAGACAUCUACGUGUUGAAUUUAGCCAUUGCUGAUUUGCUUUUCUUGCUUGUGAUGCCCUUCAAUAUACAUCAGCUGGUACGGGACAGACAGUGGGUUUUUGGGAACUUCAUGUGCAAAGCAGUGGUGGUGGUGGAUGUCAGCAAUCAGUUCACCACAGUUGGAGUGGUGACAGUCUUGUGUAUUGACAGGUACAUCGCCAUCGUGCACCCCACCUCAGACAAGCGCACCAUCCAGUGGACCAUCAUCAUCAACCUGCUGGUGUGGCUGGGCAGCUUCCUGCUCACCGUGCCCGUCAUGAUGUACGCCAAGGUGGUGGGCAAGCGGGACCUGGAGAUGUGCAUGAUGUACCUGGACGGCCCCCAGGACAUGUACUGGUACACCCUCUACCAGUCCAUCCUGGGCUUCAUCAUCCCCCUGGUCAUCAUCAGCACCUUCUACUCCCUGACGCUCUACCACGUGUUCAGCUCCAUCCGGAGGGUGAAGCGCAAGCAGUCCGUGUGGGCCAAGCGGGCCACCAAGACGGUGCUGAUGGUCAUCGCCCUCUUCCUGGUGUGUUGGUCGCCCUACCACGUCAUCCAGGUGGUGAACCUGAGCAACAACACGCCCACCACCGCCUUCAUCUACGCCUACAACAUCAGCAUCUGCCUGAGCUACUCCCACAGCUGCAUCAACCCGCUCAUGCUGCUCAUCUUCGCGCAGAACUACCGGGAGCGCCUUUGUCGGCGCAACGCGCUGCUCAGCUCCCAGCACUCGUCAAAGACCACGUCGGUGAGGCCCGACGGGUCCAGCCUGGCCACCGAGCCCAGCUACCGCUGCACCCCCAUCUGAGCGCGACGCAGGGGGGGGGAGGCCUGCGUGGACGAUGAUGCUGCCGCUGUGUGUGAGGGUGCUUCAAUAAAAGGGCUUUGUUGUAGUGAGUAGCAGUGAGUGUUCUGUUGAUUCGAGACAAGGUUUUGUGCCAAAAUGCAAUGUGGUCGGUCGCUUUUACUCCAGGGCUGAGGGGGUGUGUUGUGGACUCGAUAUCGGGAGGUGGGGAUUGAUGUUAGAGCUGUAUUCCGGCGAGACCUGUCAAUUUCUCCCAACCCCAUUGAUCACUCUGGCUCUCUUCUCUUCCUCUCUGUCACACUCUCCCGCCUUCUCUCCCUUGAUCUUUUAUACGGUUCGGUUCUUUUGCCUUGUUUUGUCUGGGUCAGAUCGGGUGAGGUUUCACGACUCCACCGUUGACCCAUUUACGAUAGGUGUUUUGGUCCCGGAAAAUACACUCCCAGCUCAGGAAAAAACCAAAAGCUGUUUAGUGUUGCUUCACUUAGAGGAUCAACAUGUUGUCAAACUGAUAUUACUAUUCAUUUUAAUUAAACUUGAUGAUAGGAAUGACAUUUAAAUGGAGUGGAAUGUAUUUAAUGGGAUCACGUCUUGAUUUGGUGUUUGUUUAUGUUGUACAUAAUGUGUGUCUGAACCAAUGGGAUUUUCGUUUCGUUUUUUAAUUGCAUGUCAUGCGUUGGUUCUACGACUGAGCUGUUCUAUGACGAACACGGAAGACAUUUUUUGUACCAUUGAUCUGUAUCAACGAUUCACCAAAACAUCCACUUAUAACUUUAGAGGCUUUACUCUGAAAUGUAAAUCUUCUUACAGAAAAAGGUUUUGUGUUGAUUUCCACCGGAUGUUUCCUGCAUUUGCAUGUGACCCGUGCUGUGCAUCUUUAUCCUAUUACACUCAAACUGCUGCAUUGAAGCCAUACGCUGCCACAUAGCUUGUUAAAAGUAGCACUUACCUUGCAGGGUUUAACGUUUUUGUGAACUAUGUAUAUGAUAAACGUCCAAGAAUGAAAAACGUGCAUAUGAGUUUAUUGCCAAUUUCAGAAAGAUAUAUAAUGAUCUCGGGGAAAUGCUCAGUAAUCUAAUCGGUAAUCUACCAUUGCCACCUGAUCAGUGAUAUACCACUACAGGUUAGAACAACAUAGACGACAAUGAGGGUGUAUAUCAGAAAGCACAUGCAGACAAAGGAAAGAAACAUCUGAAAUCACCUGGAGAUGCUGCUUAUUGCUGCCAUCCACUAAAGCACACCUUGGGAUCGUUGUUUCAGUCUAGACUCAUAAAAUUUUGUUUUUUGUUUUUGAUUAAUAGUAUUAUGAAAGAUGUCCUACCCCGAAUGAUGUACCUCUGUGAAGUGAUCUGCCUUGAUAUUCACACAAAUCAUUUGAAAGGCGUACAUAGAAGUGGUCCUAUUUUGUCUGCAUGUAUGGAAUGUGUAUCUUGUGGAUAUAGUGAAAGGUUUUGUAUGAAAGUCUGAAGACAUAACAAUUUUGUGAGAAAGGCCUAACCCCAGACGGCCUGUAGUGUAAGGAAAAACAACAUAAAACUUAAUGAAGGACUCUCAUGUUGGAGAACCUGAAGCCACACUGUUAAUCCAGCAACAAUGCCCAUAUUUGUCUAUCAGUAAAGCAUUUGCGCAGCUAGCUCUGGCAGGACACUCUAGUCAUGUGCUGCCUAUCAGCUGACAGCUAACGCAACACACACACACACACACACACACACACACACACACACACACACACACACACACACACACACACACACACACACACACACACACACACACACACACACACACACACUUUGGUUCAGCUCUGUAAUCGAUGUUACCUCCUACACAAUUGGCGGAGGCAUCUGCUGUUGAUUGUAUAGUGCUGCCUGCAUUUGGUAUGCUGUAUCUGACCUUAGUAUGCUAUGCUUUCGACCUUUCAGCAGUGCGGCCUCUAAAAGAGUGGAUCCAUACCAAACUAAAGUGUAUUACCGUUUCAUGCAAUAAAUGGUUGAUGAUGGACUUCAGACAGUCUGAAACGUCUCUUCUGUAAUAGAAGUGGGUUUGUUCAUAACAAUGCUGAAUGCAUUUGAAAUAUCAACAUGAUAAAAGGUUAAAGCUAAGGACCCAUUUCCAACACCUGAUCCCGAGUCAAUUCCUGGUUCUGAAGAACAACACCACUUUUGCUGCCGGCUUAAAUUAAAGUUAAAGUGAAUGAUGAUCUU